AUGGAGCAAGGUAGAACGACAUCGAAUUCGGUCGUGUCAGAAUUUGAAGGGACAAUACUGAAGAACGAAGAUCCAUUCUCUUACUUCAUGCUCGUAGCCUUCGAGGCAUCUGGUCUAAUUCGUUUCGCCGCCUUGCUGUUUCUUUGGCCCGUAAUCACACUCCUUGAAGUUUUCAGCUACAAAAACGCCGCUCUCAAGCUCAUGAUUUUUGUAUCUACGGUUGGUUUACACGAACCGGAGAUUGAAUCGGUGGCUAGAGCCGUCCUGCCCAAGUUCUACAUGGACGACGUAAGCAUGAACACGUGGAGGGUUUUCAGCUCGUGCAAGAAAAGAGUCGUGGUGACGAGAAUGCCUCGAGUUAUGGUAGAGAGGUUUGCAAAGGAACAUCUUAGAGCCGACGAAGUCAUCGGAACAGAGCUGAUCGUGAACCGGUUCGGUUUUGUCACCGGUUUGAUACGUGAAACCAAUAUCGAUCAAUCCGUUUUGAACCGCAUCGCCGAUUUGUUUGUUGAUCGGAGGCCUCAGCUAGGUCUUGGAAGACCGGCCAACACGAUUCCCACGACAUUUUUAUCGUUAUGCGAGGAGCAUAUUCAUGCACCAAUUCAGGAGAACUAUAACCACCGUAACCAACAACUUGAGCUACGGCCACUUCCUGUGAUCUUUCACGACGGACGCCUCGUGAAGCGGCCAACUCCGGCCACCGCUCUCCUCAUCCUCAUAUGGAUCCCAUUCGGAAUCAUUCUCGCCGCGAUCCGAAUCUUUCUCGGAUCCGUCCUUCCAUUGUGGGCCACGCCUUACGUUUCUCAGGUAUUCGGCGGCCAAAUCAUCGUCAGAGGCAAGCCUCCUCAGCCACCGGCGGCCGGAAACUCCGGAGUUCUCUUCGUUUGCACUCAUAGAACCUUAAUGGACCCGGUGGUGUUAUCCUAUGUGCUCGGACGCAGCAUCCCGGCCGUUACUUACUCGAUCUCACGGUUAUCCGAGAUCUUAUCUCCUAUUCCAACCGUCCGAUUGACAAGAAUUCGAGAUGUAGACGCCGCAAAGAUCAAACAACAACUGUCUAAAGGAGAUCUAGUGGUUUGUCCCGAGGGUACCACUUGUCGUGAGCCGUUUUUGCUAAGAUUUAGCGCGCUUUUCGCUGAGUUAACGGAUAGGAUUGUUCCGGUUGCGAUGAAUUAUAGAGUCGGAUUCUUCCAUGCGACCACGGCGAGAGGUUGGAAAGGUUUAGACCCGAUUUUCUUCUUUAUGAACCCGAGACCGGUUUAUGAGGUUACGUUCUUGAACCAGCUUCCGAUGGAGGCAACGUGUUCGUCAGGGAAGAGUCCACAUGACGUGGCCAACUAUGUUCAGAGAAUCUUGGCGGCUACGUUAGGGUUCGAGUGCACUAACUUCACGAGGAAGGAUAAGUAUAGGGUUCUUGCCGGAAACGAUGGAACGGUGUCGUAUUUAUCGUUUCUUGACCAACUGAAGAAGGUGGUGACCACUUUCGAGCCUUUUCUCCAUUGA